GUUGUUUUCAUUUCUUUUUUGCAAUUACACCCUAUUUUCUCUCAGAAAUUGUUUUAACGUUUACCCAGUUCCUAUACCUAUUUCACACUUAAGAUUGGAUAACGUUAAUCCCCAGUUAUUUAAUCAGAAUGUACCUGAUUUAUUUAAAGUUUUCAUAUACCGCUGUCUGUUUGGAGUAGCGUUAGUGCCGGUGAAAUAAAUCCCGCGAACCCGUCUCAGAUUAAGAUGUAAACUUAGAGGCCUGGGUUGCCAACUGUUUUAAUGCAUUGGCAAAUAUUUUUCUUACUCUGUUUUUGCUUUACUGGUCGUGUAAGAAGGGCGUCUCUGGUCAUGUGAACUGAAGAGAAUUUGUUUUUAAAAAAGGAAAGAAAAGAAAACAUUUGUAUUUAUAUGGCGAUUUAGGUGUCGCUGAAGACAUGCAGCUGGAACAUUCAUCCCAAAGCCAGUACCACAGCCGGUCUCUGUCCACUACACCCGUGAGUAAUUUCAUCAAUACACCAACGAAAUCAAACCGCCAUGUUCGAUUCAGUGACAGUGAUUCCAAAAGUGCUCGAACCAGUGCGACGUCCAUCAGACGAUAUCUGGACAACUACAGUCACAAAAGUUCAUUUCCAAGAAGUAAUGGCUACUCUACGCCGACUAAAUCCUACGCCGUCAGUGUGUCUCAAAAUUCGGACAAAAACCUAGAGAUAUACAAUUUUGAGCCUGCCAAAAACGACGACUCCAUUUCCAAGAGGUCGGAUCCUUCUGCUAUUAAAUCUGGAAGCCCGCUUUACAAAGUUCAUUCCAGUAGUUUUACACAUGACAGUGGUGUUUCCAUGGCCAAGCGGUCAGAUCCCUCUGUCAGUAAAUCAGAGAAAACCACACCUCGUUAUAAAUUUCACUCUAGCAGCCACACCCCUGAUAGUGCUUUUCUGCUAGGAAGUUCCAAAGAAGGCAGUACCCCCCAAACUCCUAAAACUCGUAAUGCUAAUUUCAGCUUUGCUGCGAAAUCAAAUAUUGUGGCUGAUGAAGGUGGCACUCUUGUCAACGCAUCCAAAAAGUCUAAUGCAGAAAAUGGAAGUUUAGAAACGCUGAUCAAGAACACGCCACCAAAAGCUGAAGUGACGUAUACACAAAAAGAAACGAAAGAGACGACGCAUGCACAGAAAGAAACGAAAGAAGUAAUUUCGUUUCAACAAGGAUCCCCUCGCACAAGUCCGAAAAGCCAGUCAGUUGUGCACCAGAAGAGGGAACAGCCAAACAAAAGGAUUGCUGAAAUCGCAACACCAGAAACUCAGAAGAAAUCCGACCCUGUUAAACUACCUCCAACUAAACAAAAUGGUCAUCUCGUGCACUCUGAUUUUCCUGAGCAGACGAGAACUAAAAAGACAGACGAUCGUGAUGGGAGACAGUUAGCGGAUCCAAAAAAGAAAAAGAAAACUGAGGAAGAAACUAACCGACAAGCAAAAUCCGCUCCACCCAAAAGAAAAGAUGACGUCAGUGACACCCCUGCCUCCCCUCAGGUUGAUAAUUAUACUCACAGAAUCGAGACUGAAUCCCCUACUAACGGAAAGAAGAAGUCAACUAGGGACCAAAGUGAAAAAAAUAAGAAGAUACUUGCAGCAGAGCCCAAAGAAAACAAAACGAAGGGCGGGGCUGCUCCGAACUACGCAAAGGGACAUGAAAACGAAAAAAAGGAGCAUAAACAGGAUGCCGAGAUUUAUAAUAAGGGGCCAAAGGGUCAGACGGAGAAACCCAAAGAAACUAUAAACAAGCCACAUUCUAAUAAAACUAAACCUGAAGAUGAUAGACACAAAGAGUCGCCGACAAGCACCAGUCCUGUGCACAAUGACAAAAGUAGACCUGUAACGAAAAGUAACAAAUACGAACGUAAUAUGGUCACAGCCUUAGACGAUCAGUUCUUUUCGCCAGUGCCAACUUCUGAUGAGGUGCUGAUGAACGAAGAUCAGAAAGAACAACAGAUAACAAGACUUAGACUUCCUAAGAAAACCAGAUAUGGUCCGGUCAGAGCGAAAGGGAAUCAGACCCCUAGAACUCCGCGAAGCAGAACACCUAGGGCACGAACUCCCAGGAACCGAUACUACCGGAAAACGGGAUAUUCACAAUCUGAUACGGGGGAUUACCGAAGCCCUGGGAGAAAAGGCAUUCUCAAUAAUAAAGAGGCUGUUAUAUUGGAGAGUUCCCGACCCAAAUCGUAUAAGUGGGAAAGGGACAAGUCGAUCUACAGAGCUACAACGAAGGAAUGGGAGGACCAAAGGGACGAAUUGACGUGGAGACCGUCUGUGAAUAGUCCAACCGAUUGGCUGAGAGUUUACGUUGGUGACAUACAAAUUCGAGAAAAAAGUGCUAGGUCAAGAAAAAACAGUCCCGAGACAACAGAUCGAACUGUUCGUCCUGGUGCACCUCAGAGAAAUAGUAACGAAUAUAUUUUAACUCGGAGACAGGUGCCCGUCUACAAAAACAUGCAUUCUGUCUAUAACAAUAAGUUAGUAAGAGAUAAACAGUCCCGAGAAAAAAGAUUCUUUCAAAAAUUGCAAGAAUGUCAAGCAUUAAAAGCAAAGAUGCAGAUAUCCGACGUUGUCGACCGCCAGCGGAAACGUGAAAUUACAAAACAACGGCAACAGGGGCAAUUAAAGGAGCUGCGGCAACGUUUUGAGGAUGCUGCGUGGGUGAGGUUCAAUACUCAAUAUGUGACGUCACGUAUUCUGGAGCAUGAAAAAAUGAACCGGUAUGCUUACGGACUGCCAGAGGAGGUUGAUGGAGCUCCAGAAUUUGAAUCGAAAUUGAAAAGAAAACCACCUAAAAUCAAAGUGGAUUUUGGAAAACUGGACAAAGUAAACAAGAAAAAGUAUAGUUCAAUGUUUAGUAUUUACACGGGACCUGAAUGGGAUCCACUGGCUAAAACACCACCAAUGGAAGGAAUAGACACAGUGGACAUCGACUACGGAACAGAUGGAGAACAAGAGCAGACCGAUGGAACGGAGAAUGACACUGGAGACAGGAAGGUCAAAACCAGAAGGGUCAAGGACGUCAUUCGUGAAGCUGAGAAAGAGAUGGAGGAUUUAAAAGCCAAAGACACCAAGACUGGUGUGACUCCCAGGGCAUCUGAAUCCGGGGCCAACAAAACUGCAGGUGAUUUAGACCUAGACAGUGAUGACGAUGAUGAUGAUAUGUCAGAUAUUUUUGAAAGAGCGCGGAAGAAGUACAAUUUAGAAGUAGAUGACGAGACCAUGUCGCGAAGCCGGAGGUGAAACCAUGCGUUGUGACAGACUCUUCUACAUUCUCAAGCGUCUUUGAUUCUUCUGAUUUUCGUUUUCGAAGUUUAUAGAAAUUUCACAAUUUCUAGUGCUAGUUCAGAUUUUAUACUUUACAUUUUUAUAUACAGGUAUAUGCAUACUGCCCAUUUAUUUAUUUUUGAUGUCAUCUUUCUCACGUGACUAACUGAAUCAUGCAGAUGUGGUAUAUAGAUCAUGGAACACAGUUACCAUUUAUUACAAUUUUAUCAUGUCAGAAAAUUAAAAUUAUCUUCAACUAAAA